AUGUCAAAUACAACUUUGUCAAUUCCUACCAAAGGUUUGGUUUCAUCAUUCAUGAUUUAUGGAACUCUUACAAUCAGUGUUUUUGGAUUUAUUGGUAAUUUAUUAAUUUUACUUAUUACAAUAAAAACAAAAAUUUUAAGAAAUCGUUGUAACUAUUUAAUUGGAUUGCUUGCUUUUAGUGAUUGUGUCAUUUGUAUAUAUUUGGUUCAUCUUCGUAUUUUUAUGAUAUAUGAUAUAUAUUUGAUAAAAAAUUCUCUCUGUUUUUAUACAUCUUUAUAUGGUUUAGUAUUUUUAAAUUUUCAAGCAGGUUUAAAUUUAGUUAUUGGAUUAGAUAGAUUUAUUGCAAUUAAAUAUCCAUUUCAUUACAAUAGAAUUGAUAACAAAUUUUACUUUUCAACAGUUUUUGUAUUUAUAUUAUUUUAUACAAUAAUUAUUAUUGGCAUAGGGUUUUAUUAUUCAAGUAAUGUAGUAGUCACACCUGUUUGUAUGCCACCAACUGCUUAUAAUAGUUAUAGUAGAAUGAUAUGGAUUUUAUCAAAUAUUAUCAUUUCUAUAUUUGUUAUUGUAAUUUUUUUUUUCACAUGGAUUGCUUUACGAAAAUCUUUAAAAAGUAUGGCUACAAGUUCUGAAAAAAGUAAUUUACAGCAAAUAGAACGUGUUCUAUCAUCAUUAAUCAUAAUAAUUGGAGUUUAUUCUUGUACAUGGGUAUUAACAAUUUUGGCAUUACUUGUAACACAAAUUUUUCCAUCUAAUAGAAAUUUAGUUAAAACAAUUGAACAACAAUUAGCAUGGUUAGUUAUUAUAAAUGCUAGUACAUCUUUUCCAAUAUACAUGUUAAGAACAAAAGAUUAUAGAAAUGCUUUUAUAUCAAUGAUUUGUUUUAAAAAAGAGGAAAAUAUAAGUAAAAUUGUUAUUAUUAAACAUAAAAGUCAAAUAGGUUCUACUUAA